UAUAAGUGUUACUUAUAAACACUCGAUAUGUAUAUUCAAUAACGUGACUGGAUGUUAAAAGAGAGAACAAAUCCAGUUAUUUCCCAGAUUUUUUGUUGGUUUGCCUGUCUUUUUAGGCUUGUUUCUUUACUUGUCCCAGUGAAUAACUUUAUCAUUUUUGGACAAGUGUCUCACUGUAUCAACUCAUGGUUGUUGAGCAUUUCUUCGCUGAAUUUCUUUCCGGGGCACUGUGGCUAAAUCCAUUCUUUGGAAAUUCUUCGUCUCAUAUUGCAAAGGAGGAGACAACGACGAUGAAAGGGAGACAUGGAAACACGAUGGACCCUCCUUGGUUCUCUCCAAGCAAAUCCUAUGUUCAUAUUGUGGGGAACAUUGCUCUCCUGCUGGAUAAGGACAGCAAUUCAAGUCUUGAAGGAGUCAAUAUGGCACGAACUUGCCUGAUAUCCGAUCAUCAGUUUCAAUGGCUCCCAGUGGAGACUUUGCGAAGCCCAAGAAGACAAAGAAAGCGCGGUUUCCCCCCAAACGAGGCCAGAUUAAGGCGAGGAUUAUUCAGCAUUUCGUGAAGUUUGUAUGCAAAGCAGUGUCAUCAGCUGUCAAAGGCAUGCAACCCCAGAAGCAGAAGAACGGGGAAAGGAAAUGAACGAAUGAUUAGCUUCCAGAUAUCGCCUCGGCUUAAACACAUUGCUGGUAAUAUGCCCUUCGAGACUAUUUUCAUGGCUUCCGAAUUCUUGCAUGACUGGAAAGCGAUGAUAGUGUAGAGUAUAAAUAAUUGCAGACAGGACGAUGAGCGUUAUGGCAUCGUCUUAGGCUGGUUUUGUUGUACUGUGCAGAAUGUUUAGUUCUUUAAAUGUGUAGUUCUUGUCUGAUUGAUCUCCAUCUGGAUGGUAAUAUUAACAAAAAAUGGUUUGUAAUAAGCCAUUAUUGUUGAAAGAAGAAA